AUGCGUCAGCGCGGUGAUACAUCUUUCGCUGAUCUCCUAAAUGCAUUACGAGUUGGCGAGCUCAAAGGUCCUCAUUUCGAGCUCUUAAUGACGAAAACUCUUAAAGAGCCAACUGGAGAAUUUGCACUAAAUAAGGCAAUCAGAAUUUAUCCGACAAGAAAAAUGGUCGAGGAUCACAAUAAUUCUGUUUUGCAAUAUUAUCGAUCGCAAGGCAUUCGAAUAUACAAGAUCGAGUCUCAGGAUCGAAUCAUUGAUUCUGGAAGAAACGCCGACAAAAUCGACAUGAGCAAAGUUGUAUCCAACGAUAUAAAUAAGACUGGAGGAUUGCAAAAGGAAUUGGAAAUAUUCCUCGGCGCUAAAGUGAUGUUGAGAGCAAACAUCAUCGUUGAAAAGGGACUGGUUAAUGGCGCAAUCGGCAACAUUACAGAAAUUCAUUGGCCAAAUUUCAGACGCGACCAGAUUGAUAAAGACAUUCCCGACUUAAGCAUUGACUUUGGACCAGAUGGAAUCCAUCGGAUUGAGCCGAGAUGCGUAGAAUUUGAUGGAAAACUGAAUUAUGGAAAAGUCGAGCGAAGACAACUGCCCAUAAUUCUAUGCUGGGCAUGCACAGUGCAUAAAAUGCAAGGCUGCACAGUUGAUCACGCAGUUGUCUAUUUAGGACCAGCGCUUUUUGAAACGGGCCAGGCGUAUGUUGCGCUCAGUCGAGUACGAUCACUCGAAGGCGUACGCAUUGUGGAAUUGGAUUGCAGCAAGCUAACAGGAAAAAAACCCUGCAAUGAGGAAUGUCUACAGGAGAUGGAAAGAAUGCGUCGACACGAACCUGCAGCUGAUCCUGAAUAA